UCAAAUGCAUGCCAAUUGUAUUAUUCAUGUAAACUUCGUGAAAAAAAAUGUAUACAGAUGGAAAACAACAUUAACUAGGUUUUUUUUUUUAUCUUGGAGUAUCACUGUAAUAAAACUAAGCCGCUACUACUACAAACAUUCAUUUGUUUCAUCUUUUAAAAAGAGAACGAUCAUAAAAAUCAAACGUCCCACGGCUUUGACUUGAGAUGCAUGUAUGGCCGAGAACAUGUAUUCUGAAAGAAACAAACAAGGAACGAAGACCCUGAGGUCACAAGUUACUUAACUAAAUGUCCACGUGAAGUAAAUGAGAUCACCCAUGUGUAACGACUGACGCAGAACUCAUGUCAUAUUUAGAACGCUGAGCGAAAAGACAAGGUUGAUUGUUUAAUAUGACUGGGAAACGGAGGAAUCAGAGCGGCCUUCAGACGUUGGCCCAAGGGUCACUGGCCCUCGCCCGUACACAUGCCACUGAGGAAGUGCUGCAUAAUAUUGAAGAUCAACUGGAGAAAGAGCUCAUACAGGAAGAAGCAGCAUCGAAAUCAGUUAAGCCAUUAGCCAGAGUUCGCCAUAAAGGACAGAAAUUCUUACACAGUAAACACGUGCUGCUGGUCAUCGUCGGACUCAACGUCCUGGAUUGUAUCCUCGUUCUGGGGGAACUCAUACUCGAUGUUCACUUCAUCGUCGAUCUACUGGACACGGCCGACAGACAAUCACAACACUUUCUGAACACCAUUGAGGAGAAGUACCCGGAUGUUCCUCCCGUACAGGAUAUCGACGGGUUGUACAGCGAACUACUUCUAGCCAAUAUAUCCUGGAGAAGUAAAUCGGUUGGUGACAAUUCCUACGCCGCAAUACGCCAUCACAAGAAGAGGGAUUUAACAUACACAAAUAAAGAACAAAUUAGCGAGCCACAAAAUACGCAAAAUUCAAACGAUUUUGAAAAACAUGCACAUAGUCUGAAAGAUAUUGCUAAUUUAGGAAAUACUUCAUUUAAACCAAUCAAGCAUGCGCAAGGAUACGCAAUACAGACCACUACUAAUGACCUCGGAAAUGACACUUACCCGCACGGUCAUGGUCACGUGGAUCUCCACGCGCACAGUUUAGAGGAAGAGAUUGCGCAUGGCCUGCACAAAGCAAGCAUUACGAUCCUGGCUAUUUUAGUUUUUGAGACAGGGAUUAAAGUAUUUUGUGAAGGCAGGCGAAUAUUGGAGAGGAAAGUCGAGGUUUUUGACAGCAUUAUUGUGGUUGUCUCAAUUACGUUGGAUCUGGUGUUCAUCAAAGGACUGACCAUGUUCCCAAUCCAGAAAUAUGUCUUCAUUCUGGCGUUUUUGGUCCCGUGGCGUGUCAUCCGAGUUGUCAACAGUCUUAUUGUAGCCGUAAUGGAUCACGGCCACUUCCGGUUAAAGUUAUUAUACUCCCAAAAGAAAAAGAUAAGCGCCUCUCUGAAGUCGACGAAAAACGAGUUGAAGGCCCUCCAGGUGGGUAUGGAAGGCGUCCGGAAGUUGUGUACGGAAGCGGGAAUUCCGGAAUGGAAGCUACAACAAUGCCUUGUUGGGGAAAACAACAAUCAACAUUCGUCCAAACCUCAUUCAACACUCGCUUUCUUCAGCUCUAAGUCGCCCAUGAAGCGUCACGGGAGUGAUCCGAAACCGGAAGUUAAUGGUAAGGGCGGCCGCCUGUCCACAACCUCUACAACCUCGUCAAAGAGUGAUGUCUCGGGUAGUCUCGGACAGCAAGCAAAGGAUCACAUCACUCUGAACAACUCUAGUGUUAUACUGCUAAAUAUAGAGGAAUCAAAUGAAUCGACGGAACUCAUGAACAAAAGUGAAAACCGUGAUUCUCCAUGACAAUGUUGAUAGUGUCGUAAACUUGUGAAUGAAGUUUGUGUGACAAGUGAAUUGAUGUUGAAGACAAUCGUCGUGUGAUAUCUAAAACUGAAGAUAAAUGUCACGUAAUGUACAGGUAUAAUGAUAAUUGUAUAUGUGCCAUGUCACCUACAGUGUAUGUAACGACGUUUUUGAUUGGUGUCGACAACGAUGACAAAGAAUACACGCAUGCGCAUUCUGACAAUAUAUGUGAAGGAUUCUAGUGGUAAAGUAAUUGCUCAGGAAUGCAGGCGAACUUUGCUUAUCCCGGACUUUGCCAGUCCGGAAAUGCGAAGUUAGUGAAAACAGGAUUUUAUUAUGUUGAACAGAAUAUGAACAUCCAUAAGAUCACAUGUAAUAUUUCGUAUAAACCACAUAGGUGAGAACAAACAAUGACGUCACAAGGAUCAAUACGAUUACAUCAUUAGAUGACGUCAUAAAGAUGGGAUUCUUUUCUCUUAUUUUCUCAUUUGUAGAAAUGUUUUUACCAUUGUAUGCAACAUCUGAAAAAACAGACCGAUCUUUCUACUGUUUAUGGUAUCAUGGAUAUCCUCCUAGUUUCAUUUAUCCGAACGUUUUGGACAUUUUGCUGAGGACGCAACUAUCCCCAGAAAUGGAAACCGAGAUAUCUUAGAAAUGCGUGAAUUACUCACAUAACUCCAAUUGGUGUAGUGAUAUGAAGAACUAUGUUCUAAAUGACGUGGUUUUGUCUGACGUCAUAAUAUCAAAUGUAUUUGACGUCGCGAAAAUUUGCGGAGUAAAAAAAACGAAACUUGCAAAAAUUGUAUAGUUAUGAUUUAUAAAAGGUGAAUAUCCGUACGAUGGAAUAUAUUGAUCAAAAUUUAAAAAAAAAAACGAUUUUGUGUUGAUGUCCACGAACUAUAUUUUUUUGCUGGCCGAGUGGUUGAGGUGUCCCGACACUUUAACACUAGCCCCCCGCCUCUGGGUUGCGAGUUCGAAACCUACGUG